AUGUACAUAAGGAAGGCAAGCAGGCAGGCGCCGGCUAAUUCUCCCAUCCUUCUCAGAGAUCGGGCGGGUGAGGCAGUAGGUACUUACCUACUCGGAGUAACUUUACUCGGUAAAACGUACUGCUUUCCUAACCGCCAGCGGCCAUACGUGUCUCCCCCUGGCGAACCCAUGACGACGCCUAAGACUUAUGAGCUCCUCGCCCUUGGCCACCACACCACCCACAUGCCACUCAACACGGGCCGAGGGCACACAUUUUUACACGCCCCGGACCCGGUCUGGCUUUGCAGAGUCCCGGAUAGAUUGCAUAUGCCUACGUCUGACGAUGCGUUGGCGGACGUCCGCCCACCGUCGACCGACAUGGUCGUGACCAAUGUCAAGACCGUACCUGCAUUGGCGACAGCUGAUCCAUCUUCCGUACACAGACGAACCCACACGAGCCCGUAUCGAGACGUCGUCAAGCCUCAAGUCGGGUCGGGUCUUUGCCCAAAUUGCGUAAUCCAACAACCGGGACCCGCUCCUUUACAACUGCGUACGAAGGAACGUCUAGACACUGUCACCGCUGCGGGCCACGCACCCUUGAGGACUUAAUUUUUGGUUGCUACAAUUGCGAAAUGGCUUCUACUGCGUGAGGCUCCUCAUUGGUCUUGGACCCCAAUCUGUAGGUCUCCAAUCAAUCCGGUGUGCAUUGCCGCCGUUCGAGCCUGUCUAGAUCUUGACACUGCGGCCAACCGGGCAUACCAGGCAUCCGUCAUCUGCACUUGAACAGAAGGAAAUGUGAGCGUACAAGCGCACAAGGCCUGCACCCCUACAACGUGGGCUGCCUUUCCGUCGUUUCUUCCGCUGCUAUCUUUCGAACUCG